AUGCAUGUGCAUCAUUUUGGACUGAUCGUGCUUGCUCUGGCCGGCGAAACACUGGGUCUGUUGCAGAGAUGGGAGUGCGUGAAGAACCGCCCUUGCUCCAUCCAACUGAGUGGCGAUAAUGUCACCGCCGAGGACAUCAUCGUUGUUGACGAUCAGACCGCUGACGAAGAUGGUGCCUGUCCGGUCUGCUCUGAGACGAGUCACGGCCUAUGUCCCUGGCUUUCGGGAGACAGCGGCAUUGACCAUACUGUCAUGUGCGAAGACGGAAGCUUUACCACACAGUGGGCAUGCCAGCUGUACGGCUCUGGAGAUCGUGUUCUUUGCCCACCCGAUACAGUAUUGUGUGCAAACAGGGCUUGCGGAGGAGGGCUUGACUUUUGCUGCGAGUCGCAAGCACCGGACGAGGGCACGACCUGCUUGAUGAAUGGGGGCCCACGUGGUUGCCCCUACUUGGAUUUGACCUUCGGGCUCUCUGCCGUCCUCAAUACAACCCAUGGUUCGACUCGGACAGGCAUGCACAGCAUUUGCCGAUGCAGUCCGGCGCACUUUCUCAACCGAACUGCUGGCAUGAGGCUGGGAAGUCUCGAAAUUGUCGGCCCUUCUGACAGCCAAACUCACGUUUGUACAUCGGGCACAGCGGAGUGUAGUCUUCAGGAUUUCGGAGGAAUCGAGUCCGUCUUGCCGACGUCUCUGGUGCAAGUGACAACUGCGAAAACCUGCUAUUCCGUGGACGUGGAGACGCCGGAAUCCUUUGUGGAAUCUUUCCGCUUCCGGUGGAAUGUGGCCUGGAGUGGCCUCUACUUGCACAGUGCAGGGGAGAGUGUCGCAGACCAGCAGCGCUGGCUGGCUGCCCAGAGCCCUGGUGUCUACUCGCUCUGCUGGUGCAACAACGACACGGCAGGGGCAUGCGAGUCGAUCUCCGACUUUAACGUUUCGGUAGGGCAUUUGGCCCUGCGUGGGCCGAACAAGCAGCAGACGAGGAUGGUAACAAUCGGAGAGGAUUUGGAGCUCCCUGUGUCUGGUGUUUGGAUUUCCACACACGGUAUUGUUCGCAUCCAGCAAGCCUGUGGAGAAUCUCAAGCUCAACGAUCUUUGGAAUCUGAGUCUGUAAACUCAACUGGCUCUGAGUUCUUUUACAGCUUUGGCGUUCUCACCGAAGAUCGGCUUCCGCCUGGAACGUACAGCCUGUGUUGGUGUGAACCUGAAUACAGUUCGAUUCCAGCAAUUACUUGCUCAAGCCCCGCAGACUUUGUGACCUUCAUUUCAGAUGUUUAUGUUCGCUGCCCGCCUGGGCAGUUCGCCAACGAUGGCCCUUGCACAUCCUGUGCGAUGUUCUGGGAGGAGCCCAACAUUUGGCGGGACCAAUGCCGGGCAGAUGCAUUAAAUCUCGGCGCUGUUGUGUGCAUCCUUAUCUGCUAUCUCAUUGGCUGGAUCGUGGUAUGGUAUCAGGUGGGAAUCCUUACCUCCAACGACAACCAAGGCUGCCGAUGCUUAGGUCUGUCUGGUCGCAAGGUGCACCUGGAAGAUAUCACCGCCAGCCUUUCCAAAGAUGGUGACUCAUUUGCCACGAUCACGACCAGUGGCCGACACUACCUGUCUGCUCGCUUCGGUGCUUUCCCCAUCUACUUCUACCAAACAGGACACUACAUGCUCGACCGAACACCUGAAGCUCGGAAGUUUCUCUACUCCGCACGGCCAUUGGGACCUCGCCGAUUGCAGCUCUUGGAUGCGAUGGGCAAACCGGUUGGUGAAGCCGAGACAUCCCGAGGCUACUUCGUGCUGCCCUUCGUCCGCUGUGUCCUCCACAGCGAUGUGGUUUGCGAUGGGCUGCCUGCAGUCAUUGUCGCACCUAUCCUGAUUCUUUGCUCACCGCCGUUGCUGCUGAUGGCACACUUGGACUACCAGGUUCCCUACAGCCUGGAGGGGGGCGUCGCCACGAUGCUUUUGGGUUGCCUUCUGGGCUUCCUGAUCUCCCGAGUGCUCAAGUACUUUCUUCAGAGGUGGUCGCCCAUCCACCACUCCAUCGCCGCAUUCCAGGAGAAGCUUUGCGAAAGGCAGUAUGUGCCAACAUCCUGCGAGAGGGGUGCAGACCGCGCCCUGACAGCCUGGCAGAUCUUCGAGCUCAUGAGCGAGUUCAAACAGUACAUUCGUGAUCGGAAUCUGUACUACAUCGAUUCCAACAUCAUCCAUCCUCUGACGCGUCAGUGUCAGCUGUCUCUUGCCGAGCUGCUGGGCCCCUCCAAGGUGCAAUGGUUCGUAAGUCACUUUUGGGGUACAAGCUUUGCAUACACCUGCGAUGCUCUCAGAAGACAUGCCGAGAAUGCAGCGAAGCAGUCUGGGAUGACGUGGCAGUCGGUCUCUUACUGGAUCUGUGCCUUUAGCAACAACCAAUAUCGGAUUGAAGAGGAGCUCGGGAAAACCCACAAGGAGUCAUCUUUCUUCCUCGCCCUGCACAGCAGCUGCGUGCAUGGCACUUGCAUGGUUUUGGAUGAAAAGGCUCUGCCCCUGACGAGAUCUUGGUGCCUAUUUGAGCUCCUCCAAACGAUGAACCUGGAGAAGGAAAGAAAGGAUUUUCAGGGACUUCAAUUUUGUACCAAUACGGGCGUCGUGAACUUGGGCCAGGCUACAACGGAAGUUGCCAUCAACAUUGGAAGGCAUCUUGCUGUUCUGUCCCUGGCCGAUGCCAAAGCAACAAGGGCCAAGGACCACGACACCAUCCGCUCCCUCGUCAUCCAAGAGAUGGGCGGUUUUGAGCAGAUUGACUCGAAGCUUCGCAUGCAUAUCAGGGAUGCUCUGAUGGUCUGCAAACAAGCCACCGAAAGCAGCUUUAGCGACUUGUGUGAGCGUCUCGAAGGGACCGGGCACGCAAGUGUAAGCCUCAUUCAGCUAACGAAACUGUAG